UGGGAACGGGGACAGCCACGUGCUAUGUGGGCCGAAAAAAGAGUGCAGCCGUCAUGAAUAUCUGCGUAGCGUUGUCUUUUUUAAUAUUUGUGGAACUAUGUGACUCAUCGAGGCCUAAAGCGUAUGAUGACCGGUGCAAAAUUAUUCUUUACGCAUCAUCAAGCGAAUGUCCUCGUCAGCGAUGGUUCUAUGAUUGGAAAAAUAAAUUCUGCCUUCCCAGUUGCAGCGCAACAGCACCCUUUUCAAGCAAAAUAGAAUGCCAGGGAAUAUGCCGAAGUGGCGAUGUUUGCGAUUUCCCGGUGGCAAGUGCCCUCUGCUUCAACCAUGUGUUUCCAGUCUACGUGUACAGUCCCAAAGAGGAAAGAUGUUUCCUGACUUACGAUUGCACAUACUUCCUAAAUAAGUUUCCUACUUUAGGAGAAUGCCUACGUACUUGCGGGCAGCGAAAGCAAGAUAUCAAAACUCCUGAAGUAAGGAAUGCUCAAGGAACCGGCCAACCAAGCUAUUUUGAUAUACUGCAGGGCGAACAGGAUCCUACAGCGUCAAUGAUACCAAUUCUCAAAAUACAAAUAAGGCAUGCACCACCAACUAGGGACAUGCGAUGCAGAAUGCAUGUAGCCGAUACAUUGCUAAAUAAAUGCCACCAUAGACGAUGGUACUACAAUGAAAUUCAGCGAGUGUGCCAACCCACCUGCAGCGAAGAAGCACCAUUCCUAAACAAAAUGGUUUGCGAUGGAGUGUGUCGAACAGUUGAUGUUUGCGGUUUCCCCGUGGCAAGUUUCCCCUGCUUCCACGAAGCCCAUCCAGUAUUCAUUUACAAUCCGAAUGACAAAUCAUGCUUCAAGUCGUACAGCUGUUCUUAUUUCGGAAAUAAAUUUCCUACCUUGGAAGAGUGUCGGCGAACAUGCAAAAAGUGCGCAGCAAACGAUCAAUCGAGAAGUCGUACUGCAAGCAGCUCUCAAGGAAACGGCCAAAUACUCAGCUUUGCUUCAAGCGCUGGGAAUCAAAUAACUCCUUCGAGUGCGGGUUUAUCUACUGGAAAGUUAUUGGCGAAUCCUUACACACCUUUUGACAGCCAGGAGAAACCUGUUGCCCAAGCUACCGGAGGCAGAUGAGCGCGGCGUAUUAUUAUUCCUGCUGAAGGAAAACAAUGCACGAUAGCCGAUUCCAUGCUAUUUCCAGACGCUGAAUGUUGCAUACAAAUGCAGGUGCUGUACGGUAGCCCAGUCGGGAGUGUUGUGUGCUUGUCGACGUGUUUACUGAAGAAAUUGCGCAAAUUUACAAUGCCCAUAAUAUAAAGUGCAAUAAAUACAUGUUCAAAACUC